AUGUCUACCACUCAACCGCCGAGUCCAGGUCCUUCUCAGGGUCAGGACUACUCAACUUGGAGCACUUCGAGCCUUGUCGAACGUAUCAUGGAGCUAGAGCGUCAGUUGAAUGCUCAGACAAACGAAUUCGGUGGUGUACCACCAGCGAAAUCCGAAGCAAUAUCCGCAGCUACACCCGAGUUUCAAGUUGCAGAAACCCCAAGUGGCAUUAACACGCCGAAGAAAAUACCUCGAGAAAUGGACCAUACCAAAUAUCAUACCCGCCACAUUGCGCUAAAAUUCGCCUACCUCGGUCAACGUUACAAUGGAUUCGAGCAUGCGAACGGGAAUAUAACUCCAUUGCCCACUAUCGAGGAAGAAAUAUGGAAGGCACUACGCAAGACACGUUUGAUAUUUCCGACAACCUCGUCUUCGAUGGAGUUGGACUUUAAUAAGGACGAUAGGGCACGACCGUUUGAUUUGAGUUGGGAUGGUUGUCAGUAUUCCAAGUGUGGUCGUACUGAUAGAGGUGUCAGCGCAUUUGGUCAGGUUAUUGGUAUCAGGGUCCGAAGUGCUCGGCCCAAAAGGAUAGUCGAGACUGCUACUGCUACUAGUACUACUGCCACUACAGCUACGAGUGGGGAGACUACUGUGCAGCAGGUCGAUGUAGAAGCGUCAAUCGUUGAUUCUACAGAGGAGAAUAUUGGCUCAGCCCCAAGUGUCGAGGCCAACGAGACAGAGGUCGAUGAUGGCUGGGAUGAUAUAAGGGACGAACUACCCUAUAUACAAAUAUUAAACGGUGUUCUGCCACGUGAUAUCCGCAUCCUAGCAUGGUGUCCCAAUCCACCUCCAGACUUUGAUGCUCGUUUCUCAUGCCGCGAGCGACAAUAUAGAUACUUCUUCACACAGCCAGCAUUCAAUCCCGUGCCCGGAGAGCUUGGUUUCCUUCGCAGCGCGGCACAUCACCGCGGUAUAGCCAAGAAGGAGCUCAGAGACGGCUGGUUGGAUAUUGAGGCCAUGCGCGAAGCUUGCAAGCAAUAUAUUGGCAGGCAUGAUUUUCGCAAUUUCUGCCGUGUCGAUACGAGUAAACAGAUUGAGAAUUUCGAGCGCAUCAUCUAUCAUGCAAGCAUAGAUCUGGUCGAUCCCAACCAGCAUCCUCUCGGUUUUGUCGGUUCGAAGGAAUUUCAACCUACCAGGAAUCUGGUUGACUUGGAUAAUGAAGGGAAUGUAAACGAAGAACGACCUUCGACACCAUUGGUGUAUACGUUCACUCUCCACGGAUCCGCAUUCCUGUGGCAUCAGGUACGCCAUAUGGUUGCAAUUCUUUUCUUGGUGGGUCAAGGCGUUGAAGAUCCGUCUAUCGUUUCCGAGUUACUGGAUGUCUCAAAACAUCCACGUAAGCCCACCUACGAGAUGGCGUCCGAUGCACCACUCGUUCUAUGGGACUGCGUCUUUCCAGACGAAGCGAGCGGCAGUAGAGAAGACGCAUUGAACUGGGUCUACUGCGGUGAUCCCCGACAGGGAAAUCCAUCAUCCGGCAAAGGCGACGGCAAGUUUGGGUUUGGCGGCCUCAUGGACACUCUCUGGCAAGCUUGGAGGCAACGUAAGAUGGACGAGAUCCUUGCAGGGUCCUUACUCGAUUUGGCAGCCAGUCAAGGCAGUCCUAGUUUCAUCCAAAACGAACUGCCAAAGAAGCCUUUCAAGAGCCAGAAAAUCUUCUUUGGAGGAGAUGAGGGGAAACUAGGAGGUGUGUACGUCCCUGUCAUGUCAAAGCGUAGGACCGAAACGGUAGAAGUGCAGAACGCAAGGUAUCUGGCCAGUCGCGAGCGAAGAGCGGAACGACUAAAACUUGAAGGGCGAGAAAAAUCGCCCAACAUACAAGUUUAG